UUUAUUUUGAAUUCUAUUUCAAUGUCUUCUGAUUUCUAUACUGUUGAUAUUUCUUUCAACCAACAUUCAACCACAGACAUAAUCUCUUAUGAUCCUUUUAAUUUCCUUGAUGUAGUUCAAGAUGAUUUCAACAAUUCUUUCUUCUCUUCUUUUUCUCCUCCAACCACUAACCAUGUGAUGCCUCUAACAAAUGGCACAAACAAUGAGCUUGAAAUUGCAUCCAAAUUAAUGCAGAGGAGCUACAGCUGUAACAAUUUUCAUGACAAACCUCCUGGUUUUCCUUUUGAACCUUGCCAUAGCACACUCAUGAAUUCUGAAAAUUUUCGACCGUGUGAAUUGAGCUCCUCCGAAAAUAGUUUCUUCAACGGACAAAUGAGAAGAGCGUGUAGUGCCGGAGAUUGGCAGAACAUGAAAGCAACUAACACCCAUGGGUCUCAAACGGAGGAAGCAAACUUGUUCAAAGUAGGGCGUUAUAGUGCGGAAGAAAGAAAAGAAAAAAUCUCUAAAUAUAGAGCCAAGAGAAAACAGAGGAAAUUCAACAAAAUUAUUAAGUAUGCAUGCCCAAAGACGCUAGCUGACAAUCGGACACGCAUACGCGGCAGAUUUGCACGUAAUGACAACGAAACUAACGACAUUCCAAAAGCUGUGUGUUCAAACACAGAACAAUACCAUGAAGAUGAGUUCUGGGUUGAUCUUAUUGAAGGGUUAAAUGACGAGCUCCUCUAUUAG